CUCUAAUUGUUGCACCAAGUUGCGUAGAAAAAUGUUGAAGAUGGCGCAGACUCUACGAAGUUAUUCUCGAGUUUUGUGGUCGAAGUUAGCAUACAAACACGCGGUUGGAGCUGCUAAUUCAUUAACCACACGAUCAAAUAGAACUAUGUUACAUUCAUCUACUAGACAUUUCGUUGCACCGUCAGCUCAAUUGUUAUCUGGGGAAUAUGAAAUGACCGAUCCAAUAUGUGAGGAAGAAGUUGUCAAUGUUGUGUUUAUUGAUAAAGAUGGUGAAAAACAUCAUAUAAGAGGGAAAAUUGGUGAUAACAUUCUCUAUCUUGCUCACAGAUAUAACAUUCCCCUUGAAGGUGCCUGUGAAGCAUCGUUGGCAUGUUCAACUUGUCAUGUGUAUGUGAAUGAAGACUAUUUUGACAAACUAGAGGAACCGCUAGAAGAAGAAGACGACAUGUUAGAUAUGGCACCAUUUUUGAAAGAGAAUUCCAGACUUGGUUGUCAAAUUAUUUUGACUAAAGAAUUAGAAGGCCUUGAACUGACUCUACCUCCAGCUACACGAAACUUCUACGUUGAUGGCCAUGAACCUACGCCCCAUUGAUAAUAACUAUAUUGAUGGUUUAUAACUAAUGAAAAACUUAAUUUUUUUUACACAAUUGUAACGGCAGAUUUGUUUAUUUAUUUAUAAAUAUUUGUAAAUAUA